UGUGGAACUGGUUAUGAAGCAACGAGAAAAUGUGGACAGCACAAUGGAGAGGGUGAGAGACGAACUUCCUGUUGGGAAGACAGUGGAAGCCAAGGCAAGUGAGACCAGGAAACACAAACCCAGAGAGAAACUCUUCCCAGGCUCACCACUUUUCAAGAAGUGGGGUGAGGAUCUUUCUGAGGCCCAGCAAAGAAAGGCCCAGGACCUUUUCCAGAAGUUUGGUUACAAUGUUUACCUUAGUGACCAGCUGCCCCUGGACCGUUCCAUCCCAGACACGCGCCAUUCCAGGUGUCUUCAGAAGACAUAUUCUUCACAACUUCCAUCCCUCAGUGUUAUUCUCAUAUUCAUGGAUGAAGCUCUGUCCAUUAUACAACGAGCCAUCACCAGUAUCAUCAACCGGACUCCCCCUCGAUUGUUGAAGGAGAUCAUCUUAGUGGACGAUUUUAGCUCAAAUGGAGAACUGAAGGCACGCUUGGAGGAGGACAUCAAGCUUUACAACCAGAAGCAUCCGGGACUACUGAAACUAGUACGGCACAGCGAGAGGAAGGGUCUCGCUCAAGCCCGCAACACUGGCCGGGAAGAGGCCACCGCCGAUGUGGUUGCCAUCCUGGAUGCUCACAUCGAAGUGAACGUCGGCUGGGCAGAGCCCAUCCUGGCCCGGAUUCAGGAAGACCACACGGUGAUCGUGUCUCCUGUGUUUGACAACAUUCAUUUUGACACCUUUGAAGUGGAUAAGUACGCGCUGGCGGUUGAUGGCUUUAACUGGGAGCUGUGGUGCCGCUAUGAUUCACUACCAAAGGCCUGGCUUGAUCUGGACGAUGCCACUGCUCCAGUGCAGAGUCCUUCCAUCAUGGGCAUCCUGGCUGCCAAUAGGCAAUUCCUGGGGAAGAUCGGAUCUCUGGACGGUGGGAUGCUGGUCUAUGGAGGAGAGAAUGUGGAACUUAGCCUGAGGGUGUGGCAGUGUGGAGGGAGAAUCGAGGUCUUGCCCUGCACCCGGAUUGCUCACCUAGAGAGACACCACAAGCCCUAUGCCUUGGAUCUGUCUCCUGCCUUGAAGCGCAAUGCUCUCAGAGUGGCUGAAAUCUGGAUGGAUGAAUACAAAGACAUGGUCUACUUUGCCUGGAACAUACCCCUCCAGAACUCUGGAGUCGAUUAUGGAAACAUUUCUUCCAGAAUAGCACUCCGGGAGAAACUGAAAUGUAAAAGUUUUGACUGGUAUCUGAAAAAUGUUUAUCCAGCCCUGAAGCCAGUCCGCAACAUCGUGGCCUACGGAGCAAUGAAGAACUUAUUGGAAGAAAGUAUCUGCCUGGAUCAGGGACCCAUUCCAGGCAACACCCCCAUCAUGUAUGGCUGUCAUGGAUACACUCCACAGAACGUCUACUACCGUCUCUCUGGGGAGUUGUACAUCGGACCACUGAUCGCAGAGGCAAAUGUCGACGAUCGCUGCCUGACGGACCCUGGCCGUGGGGAGAAGCCCACCUUAGAGCCCUGUUCCAAGGCAGCCAAAGAUGGACUGCACAUGUAUUGGGAUUUUAAACCGCUUAUUGACAUGAUGGAUUAUACUGGUUGA